UUAUUAGGGCUGCUAGACCUCCCACCAACCGGCCACUCCUUCCCCUAUUCAGCCUGGGCGCCUGGUGAGAACAAGUUAAAAUCACAAGGGGAAAGAGACAUCCAAGAGAGGAAACUGCUUCUCUCUCUCUGAGCCUGAGCGCUGGAACAGGUACUCGGCACUCUCUAAUGGUGAACUUAUUUAUAGAUUGAAUGGAUUUUUCAUGUUGAUGGAAAUAAGCUUUAUAUAUUCCGGGGAAAGCCUUUACCGACGGCGACGGCUGAACUAGAAUCCAUCUAAAGCAAAAAACAUGAGCUUGGAACCAAUGCUGAAGUAUCCUGGUUCAUCAGCUCAUCCUCAGUGAUGGAGUUCUAGUAGGAGACAAUCCACAGCACGUAGAGUUCUACUUGGACCAAGAUAAACUGAGAGUAAUGGCGGUGCAAGCUCCAAUCAUGAACCACCAGUUUAUGUCCUUGUACAUCCCCGGAUCCAUUGCAGAUUAUGAGAAAAAUUACCAAGAAGGAGUGGACUACCUUGGUUCCGUUGUAAGUGGCGACUUCAAAGAGGCAACCAAGGACCUGCUCAGCUUCAUCAACACGGCCUCCAGCAACAUAAAGCUGGCUUUGGACAAACCGGUAAAGUCCAAGAGGAAAGUCAACCAUCGGAAGUACCUGCAGAAGCAGAUUAAGAGGUGCACAGGUUUGAUGGGCAACGGGAAUACAAAUCAGGGAUCUCCUAAAAGGUCACCUACAUCUCCCAGCAAUAGCAGUAUGAGCCCGUCGGGCUUUCCCUGCAAGCCCCCUACAAAGAGAGACAGCUCGCAGUCCAAUUUGCAAAGCAAAAGCCUGGCCGCCCUUUUUGACAACGCCAAGGAGAUUCGUGGUGAGAGGUGUAAGAAAGUACCGUUAAGGAACCGCAAUUUGCCGCCUUCUUUUUUCACCGAGCCUGAGAGCCCUUCUUCUGGACUUCUCUCCACCGCUGGAGCGGCUUUAAAAGACCUGGGCAAAUGUAACCAAGAAACUCUGGAGUUUUUUGACCUUCUGGGCUCAGAUUACAAUAACAUGUCCGAGCAAGAGAUUAUCCAAGGGGCAUCGGUGAGGGUACAUCAGGACGUUUCAGCAGAGCAGUCCCUCUAUGAGCCUCAUCACUUACUAAAUGGGCUCCUUUAUUCCGACAUGUGGAAUCCAUGUAAUCAGGUUAAAAAGAGCCCCGUGGGAACCGCCAACCUCAGCUUGAAUGAGACUUUGAAAAGUGCCCCCUUACACAGUGCCAUGUAUACAAAUACCCAGGACCCGGCCAUGGCCUCUCCAAUGGAUGACACUUGCCCCGGUCUGACGGCAUAUACCCCCUGCUUCUCCUCUGACUGUUCCCUUCCCCAGCUGUUUUACGACUAUAACACACAGAAUUACAACAGAAUUAGUUACCCUGUUGUGUAGACUUGCGUGUCGACAAGGACUUCUUAAAGGAGCCAUGUGCAAUAAUGAUGACGUUGAGUGGGUACCUCAGUUCUAAUAGAAUAAUAUUGUUCACAAGGGUGCAAUCUUUUUGGCGGCGGCUGCAGUGGGGGGUGGGGGGGGGGUUGAUUCUCUCCCUAUUUAGGAUUCACAGAGAAACAUGAGUUUUCAUCAACCGGUAAAGGAACAGAAAAAGCUUACAUUGUUUUUAUGCAAAAAAAUCCAAAAAUAUAACGUCCCCUUGAAGGUUUUAAGGUAGAACCACCAGGAUGCUGGAUAAUGGGCUCCUCUGUCCAUAGCAGAAAAAAGUUCUAUAGUAGGUUAUGGGGUGCUGGGUAAGUAUUGUCCCCAACACUAGCACUUAUCCUCUCUUAGAACCUUCAGCAUAAACCCUGGGGAAUUAAGGACAACAUGUUUUUAAAGGGACAGUACACCUUUUCCGUGGAGAAGAGAGGUGCUGUUUUAUAUAUAAUACUUGAUAUGAGGCCUUUGUAUUUUUCUGUUUCUUUAAUCCUGACUCAUUGUCCGACUGGGGUGUCAGGGGCUCACUGGGGCUACCGCCUGGGGGCCCCCCAAGCACCGCUGCUCAUUGUUCCAGGCGGGGGGAAUGGCGGCACAUGUAGUUCCCAGCAUUUGGAGCGGGCUGGGUCUUCAGGGGCCAUGGGGGCCUUAAGGGGUGGGGGCCCACCUGUUGUCCGGCAGGCCCAGUCCGACCCUGUCCUGACUUAAUGUAUUGUACGUGGCUUUCUAUGUAUAGGUAUCUCCAAUGACGAUUCAUAUACACUGUGAUAUAUUGCUAAGUGUGUAAGUAGCAGAAUGCAUAUCCCUAGGCAACUGGCAGCUUGGUGUAUAUAUAUUUAUAUACACACACAAACAAAAAGCAGUAGGGCAGCUCCGCUAGCGUAGAAAUAUUUUCGUGUAUUGUUUUUAACUCUCUAUGCACCAGGCAGGUUGCUAUGCAAUAAACAGACGGUGACUAAUAAGACAUAAAGCAAAGUUAUACCCUAGAUGUUUACAAUACUUAUAUAAGAAUUCGAUAUCACCGUAAUUUUUUUUUUUUUAAAUUGCAUUUCAGCCUUGAAUGGGUUAAAAGGGGUGCUAUUAGGAUAACACAAAACAUUAGGGGGCUUAGAGAAAGGGAAUAAAAAAACAACCCAAAAUACGUGUGAACUGGACGGGGGAUUUUUUACUUUUGUGGAGAAUUGUUUUUGGCUUUUUCAUCCCUUGAUGAAUAUGCGGCUGAGUGAUAAAAUUUCUAAUUCCUAAAAAAAAUAUAUAUAUAUACUAUACUAUUGCUUUGUACAGGGGAGUUUCAUACAAAGCUGUACAGGUAUGGGAUCUCUUAAACGUAAACCUGAUAUCCAAAAAGCUCUGGUUGGCAGGAAGGCCGUCUCCGUACAUUACAUUAUAAGCAAAUAAUUCACAUUUUCAAAAAUGAUUUCCCUUUUCUCUGUAAUAAUAAAACAGUGCUUUGUUCUUAUUGGAAACAAAGUUAAAUGAAAGAUCCGUUAUCUGUAAGCAUUCUGGAUAAUAGGUCCCAUACCCGUACAACUAGAGUGGAACCAAGAGCAAAAGCAUUUAUGGAAAAGUUUUAUUAGUUUGGUUUCAGCUUUUGACUCCCAGGAAAGAAACUGGAAUGAGAAGCCCUAUGUACUGUUAUAAACUUGGGUAAAUGUCUUUGUGGCCUUGCUGUGCCUGACAGUGUUUUUCCUGCUUCAUGGACACCAGCUGUGCUAUUCAUUUUGUGCAUUGCCUAUGUCAUUCCACUAUCAUAAAAAAUGUUUUAAAACUA